CCCGUCAGUUCCAAAGACGAAUAAACGGUUUGAAACGUCAACGAACCCAUUUCUUCUCUUCCCCUUCUCCCGCCUUAUUUGCUAACUUCGACUCCUUUGCUGCUCUGUUUUUGUUUCCGCGUCCCCUGUUUUUUAAUUUUAUCUAAUCCCCUCUGUAUUGUCAUCUGAAGCUGAUCCAGAAAUAACCCAUUUCGCUGUUGAUUAACAAAGAUAUAGGAAAGAGGAGCUUGAGAAUUAGAAAAAAAAAACCAUGGUUCAGGGACCUGCGUCUCAGAAGAAUCGCUUCUGGGUGGAUGAAAAAGGUAGACGUGGUCAGCUCAACAAUUUGGAUGGACUUCAGAUUUCUCUAUCUAGUUCUUUCAAUGGCAAUGAGGAGAUUGCUAAGGGAUUUGAAGGCUCCGAAGCCAAUUUUAAGCGUAUUAAAUUAAUGGGUUCCCAUCAACAGGUUGAAGUGAAAAAUGUUUUGGAAGAAUCCAGUCCUCUUGGCUUAACACUCAGGAAGACUCCAUCUUUUCUAGACCUCAUAGAGAUGAAGCUGUCUCGGGGAAGGAAUCUUAGUCGAGGCGACGUAGAUUUCAAUAUGGGAAAGGUGAAGAGCGAAGAUUUUUCCGCCCAACCUAUUGCAGAGAAACUGAAAGCUUCCAAUUUCCCUGCAAAUUUGCUUAGAAUCGGCACCUGGGAAAGAGUGUCUAUACACAAAGGCGACUUGGUUGCUAAGUGUUACUACGCAAAGCAUAAACUCGUUUGGGAAGUGUUGGAGUGUGGAUUGAAGAGUAAGAUCGAGAUCCAAUGGUCAGACAUUUCUGCCAUUAGAGCAAUUUUCCAAGAUAACGAAGCUGACAUUCUAGAAAUCGAGUUAAGCCGUGCACCAAUGUUCUUUAGAGAGACAGACCCUCAACCCAGAAAGCACACUCUUUGGCAAACUACAUCGGAUUUCACAGGAGGUCAGGCCCCCAUAUACAGGCAGCACUAUGUCCAAUUCCCUGGAGGAACCUUUGAGAAACACUAUGAGAAGCUCUUACAAUGUGACAAACGGUUGUUCAUGUUGAGCAAAAAGCCUUUCCCUACACAAAACUCCCCAUAUUUCUACUCAAAUCUCUAUGAGUACCCGGCCUUCUCUUUCGGCUUCAAUGGCUAUCAACCAAGUUCACACUUUCCCCAUUUGAGUGUUCCUAGCUCUAAUGCAAUGCCUCUGCAACAACUUCGGAAUUUCGAAACUAUCAAACUUUCCCUUACUGUCAAUGACCAAAAUCUCUGCAAUAGAGAGGGAGAACAAGUUGGAGAACUACCCUUGAUUGCUUCCACAAGAAGAGACAUUCAAUUGCCUUGUGGAGAUGAUUUAGUGAAUAACCAUCCUCCUCCAAACAAUUUAUUACUAAACAAAAUCGCCGAUCAUUUGCUAAACGAUCCAUUUGCAUCGGUAUGCUCUGAUGAGCAAAGAAUUUUGGCCAAGGUGAAGUCUAUGUGUAACCUUCUUGACAUGUCAAGGGAACCAAUCCCGACGGGGAAUUUGAACAAACAUCUAGACAUUGAUAUGAAAUGCAAAGCAUAUGGAGGCCAAGAUUACAAGACAAAUAAUCACAAUAUGCUUAGAAACAUGGAGCAAUCAACUGGUGGCAGUGACUCUACUAAACAAGGUUGCAAUGAAAAUACAUUGAUGAAUCUCACAAGAAGCCCAUCGUCUCCAUAUUUCUCUGUGGAUCCUGUAAUGGAAGACGCUGGUUGUGUUUAUAAUCAUCCUACCAAUGGUGACAAGAUUAGGGUGAUGGGAUUGUAAAUUGAUUUUGUUUUUUAUAUUUUAAUUUUCGUUGGUUUGGAGGUAGGGAGCAUAAGUAGAUCAUCAUCAUCAUCAUUUUUUGUAGAAAUUGAAACUAUAAAUGUUUAUCAGGA